GCGGCAAAAGGAAAAAGAAAAUUAAACAAACCCCUCGAAACAAACUUUUAUUUUUACAACCUUCAAAUAAAAAACUUUUAUAAAUACAACCCAAUUUCGGAAAAAAUAUCUUUUCUUCCUUUUCUGUCUUCCUCCACCGCGGUCCCGCCUCUUCCACCGCCGCUAACCGGAGUAAACAGGCGGUGCCGCCAUGAAAAUAAACCCCGCCCAUCAGUCAAUUUCAAAAUUUCAAUGGAUUUCACAGGUUUAGCAGUUCAAUCAACAACUACAGACUUCCAGAUAUUAGUUUAAUCUGAGGGGGAGUUUUCGGGAGGAGAUGGAAGAGCCUAGUCAACUAAAACGAGCACUGAUAGACGCGUCAGCUGGAGCAAUCUCUGGUGCUAUUUCUCGCUCUGUUACCUCGCCUCUGGAUGUCAUUAAGAUCAGGUUUCAGGUACAACUGGAACCAACAACUUCAUGGGCGAUGCUUCAUAAAAAUAUUUACAGGCCAUCAAAGUACACCGGAAUGUCACAGGCGGCUAAAGACAUCUUUAGAGAAGAAGGUCUACCGGGUUUUUGGCGUGGGAAUGUCCCAGCUCUGCUCAUGGUUAUGCCAUAUACAUCCAUACAAUUCACAGUCUUGCACAAGUUUAAGACAUAUAUGUCUGGCUCCUCCAAGGCAGAAGACCACAUCCAUUUGAGUCCUUACUUGUCCUAUAUCAGCGGGGCUAUUGCAGGCUGUGCAGCCACUGUUGGAUCAUAUCCGUUUGAUCUUGUACGCACCAUACUAGCUUCACAGGGUGAGCCAAAGGUAUAUCCCAACAUGAGGUCUGCAAUUGUUGGUAUUAUGAACAGGCGUGGAUUGCGGGGACUGUAUGCUGGUUUGUCACCAACGCUAGUUGAAAUUAUUCCCUAUGCAGGCCUUCAGUUUGGCACUUACGACACUUUCAAGCGUUGGACUACAGCCUGGAACCAAUCAAGAUAUGCUGAAGGGCAUGCCAGCAUCUACGAUAGCCUUUCAAGCUUCCAGCUUUUUAUCUGUGGAUUAGCAGCUGGUACAUGUGCUAAGGCUGUCUGCCACCCGUUGGAUGUCAUAAAGAAGAGAUUCCAGGUAGAAGGACUGCAGCGGGAUAUGAGAUAUGGAGCAAGAGUGGAGCAAGGUGCCUACAAGAACAUGUAUGAUGCCCUCGUAAGAAUCUUGCAAGUCGAAGGUUGGGGUGGCCUUUAUAAAGGCAUUGUACCUUCCAUCGUGAAAGCAGCACCUGCUGGUGCUGUUACUUUUGUUGCCUAUGAAUAUACAUCUGAGUGGUUGGAGUCCGUUUUGACAGAAACCUAAUCUAUUUACAUUUCCAUCUCUUUUUUCACUUCUAUAGAGAUUUUUUUACCUCUGAGCUUAUUAUUCAUUUUUUCCCCAAUGUUAUACUGGGAAGACCCUGAAGAAGAUGUCAGGGUCUAUUUCUGAUACUAUAAGUUACCAAUUCUUUGGUCGUAGGCAACCCCAAUAAGUUGAGAUAUUAAAUUCUGUGCAGAGUGGAAUCGUCCAAUUCUCGGACCUAGCGUUAAAUGGCUUCUACAUUACAUGUAAGGGAUAUAUUUGUGUUGAAACUUUGCAUGUAUGUGCGGAAGCUAUGUAAUACUGUAAGGAUUGUCACUACUGCAGUGGAGUACUCCGUAUAUUGUAAUCCUGUCGUAACUGGCGAGCAGGUGGUAUAAAAGAGACCAUAGAAAUGAAACGGCUACUUUACUAGGUUUGGAGCCCCUUUUGUAGCAAUCACUAUUAAUUUGUUGGUUGAUGCUUAUUUACUGAGUUUGAUUUAAUCUGAACUUGUAUCGAAAUCUUGAGGUUUUGAUAUAGUGUAAGGUUCUCUUUGCUAAAA